CGAACAGUCAUUAGCAGACGACCCUUUUGGAACAAACUAUGCUUUAAAAUGUAAACGGUGGAGGCCUUUUCCUUGCGUUGUCCAGAAAGAACUUUCUGCUGCCUGAGCCUGGAUUAAUCAUGAGAGAGUUCGUCAACAUUCCACUGGUACAUAUUCUUACUUUGGUUGCCUUCAGCGGGACUGAGAAACUUCCAAAAGCCCCUGUCAUCACCACUCCUCUCGAAACAGUGGACGCCUUAGUUGAAGAAGUCGCUACUUUCAUGUGUGCAGUGGAAUCCUACCCCCAGCCUGAAAUUUCCUGGACCAGAAAUAAAAUUCUCAUUAAGCUCUUUGAUACCCGGUACAGCAUUCGGGAGAAUGGUCAGCUCCUCACCAUCCUGAGCGUGGAAGACAGUGACGACGGCAUUUACUGCUGCAUUGCCAACAAUGGUGUGGGAGGAGCUGCUGAGAGCUGUGGAGCUCUACAAGUGAAGAUGAAACCUAAAAUAACUCGUCCUCCCAUAAAUGUAAAAAUAAUAGAAGGAUUAAAGGCAGUUCUACCAUGUACUACAAUGGGCAAUCCCAAACCAUCAGUGUCAUGGAUCAAGGGGGACAGUGCUCUCAGGGAAAAUUCCCGAACUGCGGUUCUUGAAUCUGGGAGCUUAAGGAUCCAUAACGUACAAAAGGAAGACGCAGGACAUUAUCGAUGUGUGGCAAAAAACAGCCUUGGGACGGCAUAUUCCAAACUGGUGAAGCUGGAAGUGGAGGCUCUUAAUAUGACAAAUGCCACAGAGAGAGAAGAGAGUGAACCUGAGCAAGAUACUAAAGUUUUUGCCAGAAUCCUGCGGGCUCCUGAAUCCCACAAUGUCACCUUUGGCUCCUUUGUGGCCCUGCGCUGUACAGCCACAGGCAUCCCUGUCCCCACCAUCACCUGGAUUGAAAACGGAAUUGCUGUUUCUUCUGGGUCUAUUCAAGAGAGUGUGAAAGACAGAGUAAUUGACUCAAGACUGCAGCUGUUUAUCACCAAGCCAGGACUCUACACAUGCAUAGCUACUAAUAAGCAUGGAGAGAAAUUCAGUACUGCAAAGGCUGCAGCCACCAUCAGUAUAGCAGGUAGGAUGGCUGUUCACAAUUGCACUGUUUCAGGAGAGGAGAAGGGGACGGCAGAGGAUGAAA